AGGAAAUCGAAACUGUAAACAGGAAGUAGCAGCUUCCUCUUUCUUUUCCUACUUUCGUUUCUGGACGCGCAGUUUUCCUCUUUUAAAACAAAGAAAAGAGUUAUAAUUUUUAAAAUGUUUCCAGCAGUUUGUCACCAAUUUGCCAAUGCCAUGGGGAAGCAUACUCUCAUUCCAUCCUCAAGCUUAGAAGAAUCAACAAGAAUUUCACCUUUUAAUGUUGUGGCAAAGAGACGAAAAAGACGAUGGAUAUUCUUCCACAAAAUAGAGUAUUCAACUUAUGACUUUCCACUCUAUGACCUUCUAAACAGUAAUGCUGUUUUUGAGUCUAAACUUGAGGAGACAAAGUUCUGUUCCUACAACCCAGAGAGCACUUACUCUCUCAGUGGUAAAUUUGGAGUUGAUAUUAUGAAAGACUUAAUGGAUGCCAAUCUAAGUGCUAGUGAUAAAGUUACUAUCAGCGCCAAACUUGGAGAAGUUAACUUGUUACAGGUCGCUGAUCCAGAUAAUUUCAUGAGUGAACUCAUGACAAGGCAACUGAAUAUGAACCAUCCAUUAGUAAAGCAGAUUCGUAAGUCAAAGGAUACAGUUCUGUGUGUGAUUCGAGGUGUUAUACAGACAGCAGAUAAAGCAGAGAUCAAACGUACUAAAGAUGAAGAUGUCAAGGAAACUAUGGAUGAAAAGUCUCAACAGAUUGAGCAGGUAACAAAAGAGGGAGGCGAUGAAAGUGCCGAAAUCUCUGAAAGCAAGGAAAAAGAUAUAACACUGGAGAAAGGAACAUCACUGGCAUACAAAGUCUGGGAACUGAAAAUUAAUGCAGAAAAUGGAAAAAUAGAACCCAUCAUGACAGCAGAAUUGGAGGGAGGAUUUCAUCAUUCAACAAUGGAUGAUAUAACUACUGAUGGUGAUGAGUCUUCUACUAGCCCAAAAGAACAAGAAGAAACAUCAGUUCUCAAACAUCUAGAGGAACAACUCCAACCUUUAUUUGACCUCCCUGAAGCAGAGGGUCAACAGUUGAAAUCAUCACUACUCAAACUCAUGACUUGUCAUAGUGAUGUUGUCUUGCUUUCUAAACUGCUUGUGCAAGCAGAAAUUGGUAGCUUAAAGGAAGAGAAAAAAAACCAUAAUGAUCUUAUUGUCAAUAAAGAUGAAACUUGGAUGGUGGCAUCAUUAGCAGGUGUUAAAACUGAGGAAGAGAGUGUAGUGUAUGAAGGGGAAACAACUCCAAUCUUAGCAGCUGUUGCUCAUCUGGUGGAUGCCAUGCAUGAUGUGGAAACACAAGAUCUUGAGAAACUUUGUCAGUGUAAUGAAGAACAGCUAAAAGCAUUAGCAAAAAUUUUUAAGAGUGCAGUGUCUAGUAGCAUGCCAAUACCUAUAGACACAGAAACAUCUCCUGCACUAGAGGAGCCUGCAGAAGGUAUUCUCUCUGACUUGAAACUCACAGUGUAUAAAGACAAUGGGACUAUCUUACCACCAGAGACAAAGACCCAUAUCCAUGAGUGUAUCUACUGUAUUCUACACUGUGUCUCUUAAAUUGUAUGUCCUUGACACUGGGGACUGGACUGAGGAUAUAUUACUUACAGAUUUGAUAACCUAAAAUUUAACACUUUAUUUGCAUAUUGUUCACUGUUUACCAAAUUUCAUUGAUUCUGAUGGGUUGGUUUAGAGUUUUUGUGGUUAUUUCAUCUUUCGUCAAACAAUUAUUACUAAAAUAAAAAUGCUAACUCACUUUUAUCUGUAGUUAUACGUCAAGUAAACUUAUAUGUUGGUAAAAAAAAAUUUCAAUUUUUUGACACAGCUGUUAAUAUCUUGAUCAUCAGAAUAAAAUUAAGGUCAAUUGAUUGAAUUUUGUUCUAUUCUUUUGUGAAAUGGUUCUUUAGGGAUCUACUUUUUUACAGAGUUAGUCUAAAUUUUACCAAAUCCAUGUAAGGUUUGCACUCACAUAAGGACUGAUCUGAUAAAAGGAAAACAGCUUUUCGUCUAAUUGGCAUUUCAAUCUUCUAAGUACAGCUUUGUUGUAUGAGGUAUUGUCUUUCUGAACUAGAAUGUAUUCUAACAAUUACUUUUAGGGUAAAGAUAUAGCUCAGAAAUAGCUUAAAUGUAUGGCAGCAAAUUUAGUAUUUAUAUUUAUUGAAUACAAUAUUUUGUAGCAAAUUAUAUUAUGGCAUAUAUACUUAGAAAUAAGAUAUUUUAUUCUGCAACAGAUGAUUUUUUAGUAGUAGAAUUGAAUUAUGUAUAACAAAGCAAAUCAUGCAUUAGAAGGUUAUAUCUUGCAUGUUGAUACUAUCAUGAAUGUAUAUAUACAUGUUAUUUAUUAAUUUUGUUAUGUUUAUAUUUUUGUACAAGCUUUAGGGUAUUUGAAUUUUAACAAUACAAAUUAUUGCUUUAUAAUUAUGCCUUUAUUUCAGAAUUCUUAAAUUUUGUUCUGACAUUUUUCUGCCCAUUUUUCUCAAUAUUUUAUAUUUUGAAACCAAUUAUUUUAUAUUCUUAAUUUUUCAUUUUAUUUUUCUCUAAUUUUUAUUUUUUUGGCCUAUUCUAUAUUCUUAAUUUUUGGUCCUAUUUUCCUCUAAAUUUUACUGUUUUUUUACCAUUAUUCUCUAUUCUGUACAACACAUUCAGAUCCUCGUGUAUCAGCUAUUAUUGGAUAAAAUAAACAUUCAUAUAUAUGUUUUGGGGUCACAAAAGAAAAUGCUGGAUGCCACAGUGCUAUCAUAAUUGUUUUAUGACAUCAAUAUGUCAAGUGUUUCAAAAUUCUAGCUCCCCCUCUAUUACUGUUGAUUUCGUGGUUUUGCCAAAGAUAUCAUACAAGCCCACCGAAAAUGUGUACCUUGUUGAAUACUUAAAUUUGUUGUUUAUCUUUACCCUUAAAAAUUUAUGAAUAUUGGUACCAAGUGAAUAAUAAUCCACAGUAGCUACAACAAGUGGAGUACUCCUUAAACUCAAUUUGUAGAACAGUCUGUAGCUUAAUUUGCUAAUGUGCCAGGGGGCCAAGAUUAAAUCCAGCUGGAACAGUCGUCAUUUUUGGAGGGCACAUCUUGCUUUUCUAAUGUAAAUACAUAGAUGCCAACCAUUACAAUUUAUCCAUAAUUGUCACAUAGAUGCCGACCAUUACAUGACAUAAUUGUCACGAAUUUUGAACCAAAAUUACAGUGUUACGAUUAGAAGUCUACUUGUUAUAGAUUUUCGUUGAUUACCUGUUCGGAACAGUUCCCUGAUUAGAUAUCAUUUUGAUCAUUGUGACGUUUAAUUUUUGGUUAUAAUUUUAGAACAAUAAGUUUUUGUCUGAUUCGGAUUAUUCAGCGCAAUGGUCGGUGUACCCUAACUACUUUGAAUCGUAGGUGUCAUAAAUAAAGGGAGGAAGUAUUUUAUUGUCACUGUGUGCCUACUUUUUAGUAUCAUUAUUAAAAAAAAUUAUGAAAAAAUAUUAUUACUGCAUACCUGCCAACUUUUCAAAACCUCCAUGGGGGAUUUUAAGCACACUAAGACCUAGUGCAUGUUUUAUACAUGCUUAAAGUAUAUUAAAUAAGAUAUACUAUGAUUUUUAAGGAGUAUAUAUGUACUUAAAUGCCAUUUAACUCAUUUGAAUAACUAUUUUGAGGUUAAGUUAAGUAUAUAAAAGAGGAUUUAAAAAGUCGGGCCAACUCCUCCCAUAGGGGAUAUCCCCCAUAAAUUGGGAUAGUUGGCAGGUGUGUUACUGAAAAAAUCACAAAUUACGUUAAAUCUUAAUACUUUUUUACUGAUUGCAAUAAAGGGGGUUGGCAUCUAUGCAAAUAAGUAAAUUAAUGUGGACAUUCAGGAAUAGGACAGGUAGUGAAAUGUCAAACAAUGUAAUACUGUUAUGUGUUAAGUCGUUUGGCACACCUCUUCAGGUUAUAAUGUAGGGUACCAGAAUCUGCCAUUGUUUGCCAAUUGUUUAUAAAAUAUGAAUCAUCCUAUGAAGAUAUAUGUAGAAUUUGUCAUACCAUUAUGCAUCCAUUGCUUGUUCUGUUAUUUUUGUUUUGUUAACAAGAUAUACAAUUUUGGGGAAAAAUUUGUUUGUUUGUUUGUUUGAUCUGAUGACAUUGUGUUCAACAUAUAAGUGUUCAGUAAUUUUGUAAGUGUUUAGUAAAUAUCUUAGAAGAGUCAAAUACUUAAAUGGCUACUGGCCAGUUCAACUUGAAUUUUACCUUAAAGCGUUAUAUAUUUCAGCUUGAAAUGUACAGAAAAAAAAGAUGGAGUAAUCUGAAAAAACCAUUACAUUAAUAAUGAAUUCACCUCUUAAGGAUGUACUUAGGUGAAAUUUUAAAAAUCUAGAUAAAAAUUGAUACUAUAAGUCAAAAGAGGAUUAGUUGAGGAACAAAAUAAGCUAAAAAUAUUGAUAGGUUAUGGAGCUCUUUUUCGAUAUAUUUAAUUUUUAAAAAAUGGUGGGAAAAGGCUGACUCGGACUUUUACCUUAUAUUUGCAUUGGUAUUAUUUGGGUCUCAAAUCGAAAGAAAAGAAAUCUAGAAUCUGCUUAAACUUUGGUAAAUGACCUUUUCUGAGCUAUUGAAAUCUUAUAUGAAAAGAAAAAUGGGUGUUAUGGGGCAAAAUAUUUUACCCUGUCAUAGGAAAACAAUCAAGGAGUCCGAACAUCUGACAAAAAUUCCUAAACCUGACCUUAGUACAUCCUUAAUAUAUUUUGGUUUUUGUGUUGACCUACAUUCUGUCUCAUCUAGAUUCACAAUAACUAUUCUGCUUCUAUUAUAUUUUUUAUAUGAUACAAAUGCUAACUGUAUUGUAAUCUUAAUUAAAUAAACUGUUAACACAGA